AUGGUAGACGAUAGUACCACUUCUCGCAAACCUGGUGUAGUCGUGGUAGCACCCUCGCCGCCGGCCGAUGAGAAUCCGAAGACCAACAGUCCCCAAAAAGCCGAAGCAGAAAUAGAGCCAGACAGAAAACACGAUGAACAAGGUAAAAACCGUCAAAAAUCGACCUAUGGGAAAACCAUGGACGGUACAGUGUUCAAGAUACCCGAAACUCACAACAUGAUUUCCUCAUUGUUCGAUCCAAGACUGCCCAAAUCGAGUCUGGAUUUGAUCACCUUAUCAACAUUGAUCGCUCAGACGAUACCCUUGAUGAUCUUUCCAAGGAGGACGCUCAAGACAUUCUACAUGGUCUCGUUCUUAUUUUGGAGAUUAACCUAUAACGUCGGUUUGGGCUGGGUUUUGAAGAAACAAUCGGAAAACAAAUUCUUGAUCAAGAUCAUCAGGAACUUAAAUCUCUUCAAUUCGAAAUUCAACCCGAGAUUAUCGAACUGGAUCGAGAAACAACUCAAGUCGAAGAUGUCCACCAAUAACUUAAACUACGAUCUCAAUAAAUAUCCGAUCGAAUUUAACGUCUGGCUACUAUUCAGACAACUGGUUGAUAUCAUCCUCUUGAACGAUUUCUUCUCAUAUUUCUGCCUUUCUUAUUGUUCCCUCAAGCUCCCUCAUCAGCAACAGUCACAGCAAGAACCUCAACACCAGUCAAACUUGAGCGUGUUCUUGAUUCGUUGGGCUCUUGGGGUCAUUCUUGUUGGGUUCAACAUAUGGGUCAAACUCGAUGCCCAUCGGAUCGUCCAUGACUUCGCAUGGUAUUGGGGUGAUGCGUUCUUUUUAUCAUUGCAAGAGUUGGUGUUUGACGGUGUAUUCGAGAUGGCCCCUCAUCCGAUGUAUUCGAUCGGCUAUGCUGGAUUUUAUGGCGCCAGUCUGAUCACCGGCUCUCAAUCCGUGUUCUUUGUCUCUCUAUUCGCCCAUCUAUGCCAAUUCGGUUUCCUCGUUUAUUUCGAAAACCCACACAUUCAACGUACUUAUGGCCCUCAAGCCAGACCACUCACAGCUGCCAGUCCUCGUCAUCAACUCCGAUCUCGCUCUCAUCCACGCAAGAAAAUCCAACCCCUCAACUUCAAUUCUCCCAACGAAACUCCCAAAGUUGUAUCUCCUGAUUAUCGAGAUACCCAUCAUGAUACGAGCUCGGCUCACGGAUCAAACACUUUUCAAGAACCCACACAGCAUCCGGUCGAUCCCGCCGAAGUUAGGGAGCAGUUAGAGCACAGACUCUUUAGAAGAAAGGAGAUGAUCAUGAUCGAUAACUUUGAUAAAUUUAGAUCGAUCGACUUCGUGACGAUCUUGGUGAUAGCAUACAAUUUUCUCAUCCUGUUUAUAAAGGAAGAUGACUCCAGGGGAAGCAAAAAGAUCUACAACAAUAAGGGUUUGUUGAUCAGUAGCCUAAAUGCUAUAGCUUGGAGGAUUUGGUUUAGUUUUGGACUUGGCUUUAGACUCAAACAACAAUCUCAAAACAAGAUGAUGGUCAAACACUUCCUCACGAAGUAUUACUAUCCGAUCGGAAAGUUCCGCCACUCCGCACAAAAACACGAAGAUGAGAUCCAUAAUGCAGACGACCACAACGACUUGAUCGAUGACCUGAAAUUCGAGGUUAUCGAGGAAUGCUUCCAGAAUUGGAAGGGGAUUUAUAAUUUAUCAUUAAUAAUGACUUAUGUUUCUUUCGCGAUCAUGUCGGUCAAGUUUCAUAAAUUAGAAAACCAGUGGGAGUUGAGCUCUGAAUUAAUCAGAAUUACAUUUGGAUUAUGUUUGGUUGGUAUUCACGUUUGGACUGCUAUCUCAACUUACGAGGUAUUGGGUAAAUUUGGCUGGUUCUACGGCGACUUUUUCGUGGAUGAUUAUCCGAUGGAAUUGUCUUACGCUGGCAUUUACAGAUACUUGAACAAUCCAGAACGGUCGAUGGGUGGUGCUGGAUUCAUUGGCAUGAGCUUAAUGAGCGGGAACAAAUUGGUAUUUGCCUUGGCGUUAUGUUCGGUGCUAUGUCAUUGGUGGUUUCUAAGUUUUGUUGAAACCCCUCACAUGAAGAAGGUGUAUGGGGAUAGGAUUCGAAAGGAAGCCGGUCUAACGAAAGUCUUGAAACAAAACGCCCAGAAACUUGCCGCACGUCGAAAGAAUUUAGAUCUUCGCAUCGAUCGUGAAAGUGCCAGCAGUCUGGGUGGUGGAAAAAUCGACGAGAAGGAAGGGAAAGGUUUUGAACGGAGAUUCAAAGAAGUUCAAGGAACCUUUGAGUUUAUCUAUGACGAGACCGUCCAAGCCCUUGACGAGUUCUUAGAGAAAUCUGCUCCCCGACUUUCUGGCGUAGUCAGGGAUACCAAAGUACUUUUACAAAGUUCAGGCGAAAGAUUGAUUUUAACGCGCAUUGCGAACGACUUGUCCAGUUACGAUACAACUCAAUAUCGCUUGACGAUGCAAGAGUCGAGAUACCACCGCCCCCGAGAUCCCGAGUGCAACCGAUUAAGAUUCCAUAUGGGUGAGCCAAUUAGGUUACAGUGGACCUCGCCCUGGAAUCAUUCCCGAGCAGAUUGGAUUGGAUGCUAUCGGCGAGGCUCUAACAAGAGUGGCCUCGUAACCGAGGUCACAAGUUCCGGACGAUGGUGCGGGUUAUUCGAAGAAGAGUGGGAAGGCGAUAUGCAUAUUGGGAAGCGUCGGGAACAGGGCGAAGAGAGUUUUGAUCCUCAGGGUAAAGACCUCAAAGUUGAAAACGACUCGGCCAAGCCGCCAAAGACUGGAUGGGUCGAGUUUAAGGGUGAACGUUUGCCUUGGGAAGAGGGGGUUUAUGAAUUCCGAUUUCAUCAUGGCGGAAAAUAUAAUGUCAUGGCUGUCACUGAACCAUUCGAAAUUUAUGUUGAGAGGAUCGAAGAAGACGUGGAACACAUGAAGCAGAUCGAAGAUAAACUAAGGAACUUGGUUGGCUAUGGAUUGGGCAUGGAACCGGACUUGAUACCUCUGAGAUUGAGGAAAGAGAGUGAGAGGAUUCUCAGCAGGGACGAGCCAAGGCCACCGACUCAGAAUGGAGUCCGGCACGAGAACAACGGACAGCAUUCCGAAGAAAUUCUCGCAAAAGGCGAGGAUGGACAGAGCGAUGAAGAGGUCGAGGAAGAAGACAGAUUCACAGUGAUGAGCUUGGAAGAAGCAAAACGAAUCCAACGGUUGAUUGGCAUCGGGAUUGGGAUCGAACUCGGUAUCGAAAUCAUCCUCGAAGAUUGCGAAAUCUAUAGAUUAGCUAAGAGGAUUGUCUUCGUUAAAAGUCUGCUCAAACCCUUUUUGAAUAAAUGA